GCGCCCGGAGCCAGCAGCGGCGGCGACAGCGGCAGCGGCGGCGCAGUGGGAGCGGAGCUGGCUGCACUCGUGGGCUGGCGCUCCGCAAUGAGACAGUAGCUGCAUCCCCGCGUGCGCUGCUGUAGGGUAACAUCUGGACUGGAAUUGAGGCUCUUCUGGUGCUUGGAUGUCCCUAAGUUCCUAGAUCAGCUUGUUGAAGACUGUAUUGCUGCUAGAAGCUUCUCACUCGGGAUCUUUUCAGAGAAACUGAAACUGAAUAAACUGAGAAUUUAGAUGCUCUGAGUGAAACCCAUCAAAUCAUCUAUGAAAAUGGUGGCCCUAUCCUUAAAGAUCUGUGUCCGCCACUGCAAUGUGGUGAAGACCAUGCAGUUUGAGCCAUCUACAGCUGUGUAUGACGCCUGUCGAGUCAUUCGGGAGAGAGUACCUGAGGCACAGACUGGGCAAGCUUCUGACUAUGGGCUGUUUCUCUCUGAUGAAGACCCGAGGAAAGGGAUUUGGCUAGAAGCAGGUCGGACACUGGAUUACUACAUGUUGCGGAAUGGGGACAUUCUGGAAUACAAGAAGAAACAGAGGCCUCAGAAAAUCCGAAUGUUGGAUGGCUCUGUGAAGACGGUGAUGGUAGAUGACUCCAAGACGGUGGGGGAGCUCCUGGUCACAAUCUGCAGCAGGAUAGGAAUAACAAAUUAUGAAGAAUACUCUUUAAUCCAAGAAACCAUUGAAGAAAAGAAAGAAGAAGGGACAGGCACACUAAAAAAAGACAGGACGUUGUUACGAGAUGAGAGGAAGAUGGAGAAGCUGAAGGCCAAACUGCACACGGAUGAUGACUUAAAUUGGCUAGAUCACAGCCGGACAUUCAGAGAGCAAGGCGUGGAUGAAAAUGAAACAUUGUUGCUUAGACGGAAGUUCUUUUACUCUGAUCAGAAUGUGGACUCGAGAGACCCGGUGCAGUUGAACUUGCUUUAUGUCCAGGCUCGGGAUGACAUCCUGAAUGGCUCUCACCCUGUCUCCUUCGAGAAGGCAUGUGAGUUUGGUGGGUUCCAAGCCCAGAUACAGUUUGGACCUCACGUGGAACACAAACACAAGCCUGGAUUCUUAGAUCUAAAGGAGUUCCUGCCAAAAGAGUACAUCAAGCAGAGAGGAGCCGAGAAGCGAAUAUUUCAGGAACAUAAAAACUGUGGAGAGAUGAGUGAAAUAGAAGCCAAGGUGAAGUACGUCAAACUCGCCCGGUCCCUCCGGACAUACGGGGUGUCCUUUUUCCUAGUGAAGGAAAAAAUGAAAGGCAAGAACAAGUUGGUUCCCCGUCUCCUGGGCAUCACCAAGGACUCUGUCAUGCGUGUGGAUGAGAAGACCAAGGAGGUGCUUCAGGAGUGGCCACUCACCACAGUCAAGCGCUGGGCCGCUUCACCCAAGAGCUUCACACUGGAUUUUGGGGAGUACCAAGAGAGCUACUAUUCAGUACAAACCACAGAGGGAGAGCAAAUAUCCCAGCUGAUUGCAGGAUACAUUGAUAUCAUCCUCAAAAAGAAACAAAGCAAAGAUAGAUUUGGGCUGGAAGGGGAUGAGGAGUCAACUAUGUUGGAAGAGUCAGUUUCCCCAAAAAAAUCUACCAUCCUGCAGCAGCAGUUCAACCGGACUGGGAAGGCAGAGCAUGGCUCAGUGGCACUGCCAGCUGUCAUGCGCUCUGGCUCCAGUGGGCCUGAGACUUUCAAUGUUGGCAGCAUGCCGUCACCACAGCAACAGGUCAUGGUUGGACAGAUGCACCGAGGACACAUGCCUCCGCUGACUUCGGCACAGCAAGCCCUUAUGGGGACCAUCAACACAAGCAUGCACGCUGUCCAGCAGGCUCAGGAUGACCUCAGCGAGCUCGACUCGCUGCCACCUCUCGGCCAAGAUAUGGCAUCUAGGGUAUGGGUUCAGAACAAAGUGGAUGAAUCCAAGCAUGAAAUCCACUCUCAAGUUGAUGCUAUCACAGCUGGAACAGCUUCAGUUGUCAACCUCACGGCUGGUGACCCCGCAGACACUGACUACACAGCUGUGGGCUGUGCAAUCACUACCAUUUCUUCCAACCUGACCGAAAUGUCCAAGGGGGUCAAGCUGCUGGCGGCCCUCAUGGACGAUGAUGUGGGCAGUGGGGAGGAUCUUCUCAGAGCUGCCAGGACCCUCGCGGGGGCCGUGUCUGAUUUGCUGAAGGCUGUGCAGCCUACUUCUGGAGAGCCUCGGCAGACUGUUUUGACUGCUGCCGGAAGCAUCGGCCAAGCUAGUGGAGACCUCCUGAGACAGAUUGGCGAGAGCGAGACGGACGAGAGAUUCCAAGAUGUUUUAAUGAGUCUAGCUAAAGCUGUUGCCAACGCUGCUGCCAUGUUAGUACUGAAGGCAAAGAAUGUGGCCCAAGUGGCUGAAGACACCGUCCUACAGAACAGGGUGAUCGCCGCAGCCACCCAGUGUGCCCUCUCCACCUCGCAGCUUGUGGCAUGUGCUAAGGUGGUGAGCCCCACCAUCAGCUCUCCCGUGUGCCAGGAGCAGCUGAUCGAAGCUGGGAAGCUGGUGGACCGCUCUGUGGAAAACUGUGUCCGAGCCUGCCAGGCAGCCACCGGUGAUAGCGAGCUCCUGAAGCAGGUCAGCGCGGCAGCCAGUGUGGUCAGCCAGGCCCUGCACGACCUCCUGCAGCAUGUGCGGCAGUUCGCCAGCCGAGGCGAGCCCAUUGGCCGCUAUGACCAGGCCACCGACACCAUCAUGUGCGUCACUGAGAGCAUCUUCAGUUCCAUGGGCGAUGCUGGUGAGAUGGUGCGCCAAGCCCGGGUGCUGGCCCAGGCCACAUCAGAUCUCGUCAAUGCCAUGAGGUCAGAUGCGGAAGCUGAGAUUGACAUGGAAAAUUCCAAGAAGCUCCUGGCGGCUGCAAAGCUCUUGGCUGACUCCACUGCCCGCAUGGUGGAAGCUGCGAAGGGAGCUGCAGCCAACCCAGAGAAUGAAGACCAGCAACAAAGGCUGAGAGAAGCUGCCGAGGGUCUCCGAGUAGCAACCAACGCCGCUGCGCAGAAUGCUAUUAAGAAAAAAAUCGUCAACCGGCUGGAGGUUGCAGCCAAGCAGGCUGCAGCUGCUGCCACCCAGACCAUCGCAGCCUCCCAGAACGCAGCCAUCUCCAACAAGAACCCCUCAGCGCAGCAGCAACUGGUCCAGAGCUGCAAGGCGGUGGCUGAUCACAUCCCUCAGCUAGUGCAGGGUGUGAGAGGGAGCCAAGCACAAGCAGAAGACCUCAGUGCCCAGCUGGCUCUCAUCAUCUCCAGCCAGAACUUCCUGCAGCCUGGAAGCAAGAUGGUGUCCUCCGCUAAGGCGGCGGUGCCCACUGUGAGUGACCAGGCCGCAGCCAUGCAGUUGAGUCAGUGCGCCAAGAACCUGGCGACCAGCCUGGCUGAGCUGCGCACUGCCUCGCAGAAGGCCCACGAAGCCUGUGGCCCUAUGGAAAUUGAUUCUGCACUGAACACAGUGCAGACUCUCAAGAAUGAGCUGCAGGACGCCAAGAUGGCUGCUGCAGAAAGUCAGCUGAAACCACUUCCAGGAGAAACACUGGAAAAGUGUGCUCAGGACCUGGGAAGCACCUCUAAGGGAGUGGGCUCCUCCAUGGCGCAGCUUCUGACCUGCGCUGCUCAAGGCAAUGAGCACUACACAGGUGUGGCAGCAAGAGAAACAGCCCAGGCUCUGAAAACACUGGCCCAGGCUGCCCGGGGAGUGGCUGCAUCCACAAAUGAUCCUGAGGCUGCUCAUGCCAUGUUAGACUCUGCUCGGGAUGUGAUGGAGGGCUCUGCCAUGCUCAUCCAGGAAGCCAAGCAGGCACUAAUUGCACCUGGAGACACAGAAAGUCAGCAGAGAUUAGCCCAGGUGGCCAAAGCUGUGUCGCACUCACUGAAUAACUGCGUGAAUUGCCUCCCUGGACAGAAGGAUGUGGAUGUCGCCUUGAAGAGCAUCGGGGAGGCCAGCAAGAAGCUACUUGUAGAUUCGCUCCCUCCGAGCACAAAGCCUUUCCAGGAGGCCCAGAGCGAGCUGAACCAGGCUGCUGCUGAUCUAAACCAGUCUGCUGGGGAAGUCGUCCAUGCCACAAGGGGCCAGAGUGGAGAGCUGGCGGCCGCUUCUGGAAAGUUCAGUGAUGACUUUGACGAGUUCCUGGAUGCUGGCAUUGAGAUGGCUGGCCAGGCACAGACAAAAGAAGAUCAGAUGCAAGUGAUAGGGAACCUGAAGAAUAUCUCAAUGGCGUCCAGCAAGCUCCUGUUAGCCGCCAAGUCUCUCUCUGUAGAUCCUGGAGCUCCCAACGCAAAAAAUCUUCUGGCUGCAGCUGCAAGAGCUGUGACAGAGAGCAUCAAUCAGCUGAUCAUGCUGUGCACUCAGCAGGCCCCUGGGCAGAAGGAGUGUGACAACGCCCUGCGCGAGCUUGAGACUGUCAAGGGGAUGUUGGAAAACCCAAAUGAGCCCGUGAGUGACCUCUCUUACUUUGACUGCAUUGAGAGUGUGAUGGAGAACUCGAAGGUUCUGGGCGAGUCAAUGGCAGGAAUUUCCCAGAAUGCUAAGACUGGAGACCUCCCUGCCUUCGGAGAAUGUGUGGGGAUUGCAUCUAAGGCUCUCUGUGGGCUGACAGAGGCAGCAGCCCAGGCUGCGUACCUGGUUGGCAUCUCUGAUCCAAACAGCCAGGCAGGCCACCAAGGCCUGGUGGACCCCAUCCAGUUUGCCAGGGCUAACCAGGCGAUCCAGAUGGCAUGUCAGAACUUGGUGGACCCUGGCAGCAGCCCAUCACAGGUUCUGUCGGCUGCCACUAUCGUUGCCAAGCACACGUCAGCCUUAUGCAAUGCCUGCCGCAUCGCCUCGUCCAAGACGGCCAACCCUGUUGCCAAAAGGCACUUCGUCCAGUCAGCCAAGGAGGUUGCCAACAGCACCGCCAUCCUGGUCAAGACCAUCAAGGCCCUGGAUGGGGAUUUCUCUGAAGACAACCGCAAUAAGUGUCGAAUUGCUACCACACCCUUGAUUGAGGCCGUGGAGAACCUGACAGCGUUUGCAUCAAACCCCGAGUUUGCCAGCAUUCCUGCACAGAUCAGCUCUGAGGGCUCCCAGGCGCAGGAACCAAUCUUGGUCUCAGCCAAGACCAUGCUGGAGAGCUCAUCGUACCUCAUCCGAACCGCACGCUCUCUGGCCAUCAACCCCAAAGAUCCACCCACCUGGUCUGUGUUGGCUGGACACUCCCACACUGUGUCUGACUCCAUUAAGAGUCUCAUCACGUCUAUCAGGGACAAAGCCCCAGGGCAGAGGGAAUGUGACUACUCCAUUGAUGGUAUCAACCGGUGCAUCAGGGACAUCGAGCAGGCUUCCCUGGCUGCGGUCAGCCAGAGCCUGGCCACGAGGGAUGACAUCUCUGUGGAGGCCCUACAGGAGCAGCUGACCUCGGUGGUCCAGGAAAUCGGGCAUCUUAUUGAUCCCAUUGCCACAGCAGCCCGAGGAGAAGCUGCCCAACUUGGACAUAAGGUGACACAGCUGGCGAGCUACUUUGAGCCCUUGAUCUUAGCUGCAGUUGGUGUUGCCUCCAAGAUGCUGGACCAUCAACAACAGAUGACAGUGCUAGACCAGACCAAGACUCUUGCAGAGUCUGCCCUGCAGAUGCUGUACGCAGCCAAGGAAGGUGGAGGAAACCCUAAGGCACAGCACACCCACGACGCCAUCACAGAGGCUGCGCAGCUGAUGAAGGAAGCUGUGGAUGACAUCAUGGUGACACUGAAUGAAGCUGCCAGUGAGGUGGGGCUGGUGGGAGGCAUGGUGGACGCCAUCGCAGAAGCCAUGAGCAAGCUGGAUGAAGGCACACCUCCAGAACCAAAGGGAACGUUUGUUGACUACCAGACGACUGUGGUUAAAUACUCCAAAGCCAUUGCCGUCACAGCUCAGGAAAUGAUGACUAAGUCGGUUACUAACCCGGAGGAGUUGGGAGGCCUGGCUUCACAAAUGACCACUGACUAUGGGCACCUGGCUCUCCAGGGCCAGAUGGCAGCAGCCACCGCCGAACCAGAGGAGAUUGGAUUCCAGAUUCGCACACGUGUGCAGGACCUUGGCCAUGGCUGUAUCUUCCUGGUGCAGAAGGCAGGGGCCCUCCAAGUGUGCCCCACAGACAGCUACACCAAGAGGGAGCUGAUCGAGUGUGCCCGCUCUGUCACUGAGAAGGUGUCCUUGGUGCUGUCCGCUCUUCAGGCUGGAAACAAGGGGACCCAGGCAUGCAUCACAGCUGCAACUGCAGUUUCUGGGAUCAUUGCCGAUCUGGACACCACCAUUAUGUUUGCAACAGCUGGGACACUGAAUGCAGAAAACGGCGAGACCUUUGCUGAUCACAGGGAAAACAUUCUGAAGACAGCCAAGGCCUUGGUGGAAGACACAAAGCUGCUCGUGUCUGGGGCUGCAUCCACUCCAGACAAGCUGGCCCAGGCCGCUCAGUCCUCAGCAGCCACCAUCACCCAGCUGGCAGAGGUAGUCAAACUGGGAGCCGCCAGCCUGGGCUCUAAUGACCCUGAGACCCAGGUGGUACUGAUAAACGCCAUCAAAGACGUGGCCAAGGCCCUUUCCGAUCUCAUUGGUGCUACCAAGGGAGCUGCCAGCAAGCCGGCUGACGACCCCUCCAUGUACCAGCUCAAAGGAGCCGCCAAGGUGAUGGUAACCAAUGUCACCUCCCUUCUUAAGACUGUGAAGGCAGUGGAAGACGAGGCCACCCGGGGCACAAGGGCACUUGAGGCCACCAUCGAGUACAUAAAACAGGAGCUCACAGUGUUCCAGUCAAAAGACAUACCUGAGAAGACAUCAUCACCCGAGGAAUCAAUAAGAAUGACGAAAGGUAUCACCAUGGCAACAGCCAAAGCCGUGGCAGCUGGGAACUCAUGUAGACAAGAGGAUGUAAUUGCAACCGCCAAUCUGAGCAGGAAGGCUGUCUCAGAUAUGCUGAUAGCUUGCAAGCAAGCAUCCUUCUACCCUGAUGUCAGUGAAGAGGUACGAACCAGAGCCUUGCGGUAUGGCACAGAAUGCACCUUGGGCUACCUGGACCUACUAGAACACGUCUUGGUGAUCCUUCAAAAGCCAACUCCGGAUCUCAAGCAUCAACUGGCUUCUUUCUCCAAGAGAGUUGCUGGAGCUGUGACAGAGCUCAUCCAGGCAGCGGAAGCCAUGAAAGGAACAGAGUGGGUGGAUCCAGAAGACCCAACCGUCAUUGCAGAAACUGAGUUACUGGGAGCUGCAGCGUCCAUUGAAGCUGCUGCCAAGAAGUUAGAGCAACUGAAGCCAAGAGCAAAGCCAAAGCAAGCAGACGAGACCCUGGAUUUUGAAGAACAGAUCUUAGAAGCUGCUAAAUCCAUCGCUGCUGCCACAAGUGCCCUGGUCAAAUCGGCCUCAGCAGCCCAGAGGGAGCUGGUAGCCCAAGGCAAGGUGGGCUCCAUCCCUGCCAACGCUGCCGAUGAUGGACAGUGGUCCCAGGGGCUGAUCUCUGCCGCCCGGAUGGUGGCGGCAGCAACCAGCAGUCUCUGUGAGGCAGCCAAUGCCUCUGUUCAGGGACACGCCAGUGAGGAAAAGCUCAUCUCAUCCGCCAAGCAGGUCGCAGCUUCAACCGCUCAGCUGCUGGUGGCCUGCAAGGUGAAGGCCGACCAGGAUUCAGAGGCCAUGAAGCGGCUACAGGUAAUGGUCACUGAUGCUGGUGGGAAAAUACUCCUGUUGGAGCGGGCGGCAGGAAAUGCUGUGAAAAGAGCCUCAGACAAUCUUGUUCGUGCAGCCCAGAAGGCAGCAUUUGGCAAAGCUGAUGAUGAUGAUGUGGUGGUGAAAACCAAGUUCGUGGGAGGCAUUGCUCAGAUCAUUGCAGCCCAGGAGGAAAUGCUGAAGAAAGAACGAGAGCUGGAGGAAGCCAGGAAGAAGCUGGCCCAGAUCCGCCAGCAACAGUACAAAUUCCUCCCCACAGAGCUGAGGGAAGAUGAAGGCUAAGACCUGCCCAUGCUGGCGAGCCCCAGGAGGUGGUUCCUACUCCCCCAACAAGAACUGGACAUACCGGUGUUCCCCAGAGCCAGGAACUUCCUGGAAACUGCUGGCCCUCCACCGGAGUCUGUCUCUCUCAGUCCUCAGUCCCUUCACUAUCAGCUGCAUGAUCAUGGUCUCACACGGUACAGUGUCCCACCCACAGCUCCUCCAGCUCCCCUCACGCCUCGCUAUAUCUCAGGACAGAGGGCGCAUUUCAUGGACUGUUACCAAAAAAGAAAAGUCAGUAUUAACGUUGUUCUCAGACACCUGUACUCCGUGUCCGCUAAGACUGCUCCAGGGCCUCUUUGUGAAAUCACACUUGGGAAAGAACAAUGCUAAUAACGGCUCACAGGAAUCAUCGGUAUCAUGGACACAGAGAUUCUCUCUCUGGAGAGAAGACAGCUGGAGUUGGACACUGUUAAUAAAGCCAGAAACACUCCCAAGUGGACUCCAGAGUCACAGAGGUCCGUGUAAGUGUGGAGCACUGCCUCACCCACGGGGGAGAAGAUCCCCUGCCCCGGUUGCACGCUUUUCUCACCUCGGUGUGUAAGCUCCUUGUACAACUACACCCAUCUUGUAUUCUGUGGCCCAGAAAAAUGGAAGUUAUUUUAUUUUUUUUUCCCCCUCUGUAAUCCAAAGGGCAGAGUUGUGGAAAGUGGUCAGGGUUAGGCGGGCAGGGUUAGGUGGGCAGGGGCCGGAAUAAAAUACUGGGCUCCUCACUCUGCAAGGCUGUUUCAGUUUAUGCAGACACACACAUGGAGACUAUGUCCCUGAUGGGUCUCAGUGCAGCGCCCCCUGGAGGAAGAGUCAGGUAGCAUUUAGGAAGGAGGUUCCCAUGUUCGAGCCCUAUUAUCAGUUUCUGUGCGCUUAAGAGGAUCCAAGUUCAAGAAGGAAAGUUAUUUGUUUAGAACUUUGACCUUUGAUCUCAAGAGGGCAUUUCCCACCAUGUAUCUUAAUAUUCCUAAAAUCUAAAUGUCCCCUCGGGUCAUUGUGAACCUGGGUGACAGUGUUGUUUGUUGUCACAGAAGUGUUUUCACAGUACAUCAUCUGAGUGCUGCCCUUUCAGCCUCCGGAUGCCUUCCCCUGUGCCUUUCCUCUCAGGGCCUCAGAGCGAACAUUAUAGAUCCCCGAGAUGAUGGAUGAGGGAGGGCCUGAUACCAAGUACCAGCAUGCUAAUGAGUUCAUGAAGAGUUAGCAGGGGCAUGCUCGGACUGUAGUUCAGUUGGUAGAGUGUUUGCCUGGUUAGCAUGCACAAAGCACUGGGUCCCAUCCUGUAAACUGGAUGUGGGGCCCCAAGCCUAUAAUCCCAGCACUAGGGAGAUAGAGACAGGUGGAUCAGAAGUUCAAAAUUAUCUUUGGCUACAUAGUAAGUCAGAGACCAGCCUUGGUUACAUGAGACUCUGCCUCCAAAAGAGAAAAAAAAAAUAAUAGAGGCAUAUGGUCUUCAAGGCUAAUGGCUGCUAAAGGCAGGCUUUCUCCCCCUUAAUGAUAUGUUACCAGUACCACAUUGUAUGUUGGGCUCCCCACUUGGUUCCAGGUUUCUACCAAAGAGGAAACACUGGUCCUCUGAAGGAAAAGAAUCAACCUUCGGCCUUGCCAGAUGAGUGUCCCCAAGCAGGCUCUCCUGUAACGCAGCUCUAAAAUGUGAUGAAAUUCUGACACCGUCCCAGAUGUGUAGAGACUUACACAUGCUGCACAAAGGGAUUCCUCUCACACAGGUAGAAGGAUCUAAGUGCAGUGUGAAUGAAAAGCAAAUGCAGGGCACACAUGGAAGGAGUGAGGCAUCAGAUCCAGUAGAGCAGGGCUGCUGGCAAGCCUCCAUGCUGGGAGCCCUUGAUGCUCAUGGUCGCCUCGCUCACCCUCGCUGAGGGGAACUCUUUUUUUUGUUGUUGUUUUUGGUUUGGUUUUCCGAGACAGGGUUUCUCUGUGUAGCCCUGGCUGUC